GAUGCCAGCCAUGGAGGAGAAAAGAAGCAUUCGUUUACACAAAUAUACAUCGGACCAGCAAUACGACAUCCAGAGUUGGCCCUCAUGACCACGCCCCCUUUUGGAGAAAACCAAUCCCGUGACCCUCAUAGACAACACCUGCAGAUUUGGUUAGCAGGACAGAGGGAUUACACACUUUCCUGGAGACGAUACAAGGACUUUAACAGCAGCAGCCAUGGUGGACGCAGCGGCAGCAGAGAAGUUCCUGGAUGCUAACCCGCAGUUCGCCAAGCAGUACUACGACAGCAACUUCCGGCCCAAGGUCAUCUCAGACCUGCUGGACAGCAACCGGAAGACCGGGAUGGACAUCAGCAAAUACCACGAGCUGACGACGGUGGAGGAGAGUGAGGUGCUCUUUGACCUGAUGCGGGACAUCCAGGACAACCUGCAGAUGGAGAAGUCCGUCUUCAACCUCAUGAGACACCUCAGCUUCAUAAUGAGGGCCGACCGCAUGAGUCUCUUCAUGUACCGGCAGAGGAACGGAGUGGCCGAGCUGGCAACCAGGUUAUUUAAUGUCACUAAAGAUUCAGUGUAUGAAGACUGCCUGGUGCAGCCCGACAGUGAGAUUGUGUACCCGUUGGAUAUGGGCAUCGUGGGCCAUGUGGCGUCCAGCAAGAAGAUGGUCAACAUUUCUGAUGCGUCUCAGAGCCCUCAUUACAGUGAGUUUGUGGACGAGCUGACCGAGUACAAGACCAAGAGCGUCCUCGCCAUCCCCAUCAUGAACGGUAAAGACAUGGUGGCCGUCAUGAUGGCCAUCAACAAGUUGGACGGGCCGUGCUUCACCGAGAAGGAUGAAGAGACUCUAAACAAGUAUUUCAACUUUGCCAACCUGGUCCUGAGAGUUUUCCACCUGAGCUACCUGCACAACUGUGAGACCAGGAGGGGACAGGUGCUGCUGUGGUCGGCCAGCAAGGUGUUUGAAGAGCUGACAGACAUAGAAAGGCAGUUCCACAAAGCCUUGUACACAGUCAGAGCUUUCCUCAACUGUGACCGCUACUCUGUGGGUCUGCUGGACAUGACCAAGACCAAGGAGUUCUUUGACCUGUGGCCAGUUCUGAUGGGAGAAGUUCCCCCAUAUGAUGGACCCAAAACUCCAGAUGGCAGGGAAAUUGUCUUCUACAAACUGAUUGACUACAUCCUGCACGGCAAAGAGGACAUCAAAGUCCUGGCGAGUCCUCCGGCAGAUCACUGGGCCCUGAUUAGCGGUUUACCAACCUACGUAGCAGAGACCGGACUGAUUUGUAACAUAAUGAAUGCCGGUCAGGAUGACUUUUUCAAGUUCCAGAGAGAGCCUCUGGACGACUCCGGCUGGACCAUUAAGAACGUCCUGUCGAUGCCAAUCGUCAACAAGAAAGAGGAGAUUGUGGGUGUGGCCACGUUCUAUAACAGGAAGGAUGGGAAACCCUUUGAUGAACAAGACGAAACACUGAUGGAGUCUCUGACCCAGUUCCUGGGCUGGUCGGUGCUGAUCUCUGACACCUACGACAAGAUGAACAAGCUGGAGAACAGGAAGGACAUCUUCCAGGACAUGGUGAUGUACCACGUCAAGUGUCGCAAGGAUGAAAUCCAGCACGUCCUGAACACCAGGGAGAGAUGGGGGAAGGAGCCGGACGAGUGUGAGGAGGAGGAGCUCCAGGAGAUUCUGACGGAGGUCCUGCCAAACUCUAAGAAAGUUGAGAUCUUCGAGUUCCACUUCUAUGACUAUCAUCACACCGAACUGGACCUGGUGAAAUGUGGCAUCAAGAUGUACUACGAACUGAAAGUGGUGGACAAGUUUCACAUUCCCAGAGAGGCCCUGGUGAAGUUCAUAUACUCUCUCAGCAAAGGCUACAGGAGGAUCACCUACCACAACUGGAGACACGGAUUCAACGUGGGACAGACCAUGUUCACCCUGCUGAUGACAGGCGAUCUAAAGCGUUACUACACAGACCUGGAGUGUAUGGCCAUGGUGACCGCCGGUCUCUGCCACGAUAUUGACCACAGAGGAACCAACAACCUCUACCAGAUGAAGUCUGGUAAUCCUCUGGCGAAGCUUCACGGCUCCUCCAUCUUGGAAAGACACCAUCUGGAGUUUGGCAAGACUCUGCUGAGAGAUGAAUCGUUGAACAUUUAUCAGAAUCUGAACCGCCGUCAGCACGACACCGUCAUCCACCUCAUGGACAUCGCCAUUAUCGCCACUGACCUGGCUCUCUACUUCAAGAAGAGGACGAUGUUCCAGAAGAUCGUGGACCAGUCCAAGACCUACGAGAACUGGAACGAGUGGACAAAGUACAUGAUGCUGGAGACCACGCGCAAAGAGAUCGUCAUGGCCAUGAUGAUGACUGCUUGUGACCUGUCUGCCAUCGCCAAACCGUGGGAGAUUCAGAGCAAGGUGGCGCUGUCCGUCGCUGCAGAGUUCUGGGAGCAGGGAGACCUGGAGAGGACCGUCCUGGAGCAAAAUCCCAUUCCUAUGAUGGACAGAACCAAAUCAGCUGAACUGCCGAAGAUGCAGUGCGGUUUCAUCGACUUCGUCUGCACUUUUGUGUACAAGGAGUUCAGUCGCUUCCACGUGGAGAUCACCCCCAUGCUGGACCGCCUGUUGAACAACAGGAAGGAGUGGAACGCCCUGAAGGAGUUGCACGACGCCAAAAUGGCUGCAAUCGAGGAGGAGAAGAAAGCCAAGGAAGAGGAAUCUCAGAAAGUUGCGGGGGCCAGGCAAGCGGCUGCAGCCCAGUCACAAUCCAAGACUUGUAUUGUCAGCUAGAGAUGCUGCAACAGCACCAGGUUGCUUGCUACAUGGUUGUGGUCCAGCGUUGGGUUUCACCCCCAAAAACUCUUUCUUUACAUUUCGAUCUCACCUGAAAGAUCCAGUUUACUUUCAAAACACCUGUUACAACUGUGUCCUCCACUUUCUUCUGUUCUGCUUUCCUGCUUCACUGCUUCUUCCUGUCCAUCUUUUGAUACUGUAUUACUCUUAAGAUGUACGUGGCAUUAUGAUAUGUUAAGGCGUCAGCUACCAAUAGCUUUACAUGCAGCAAGCCUCGUAUGUUAUCUGAAAGUCAAACCUGGGAGACCAUCAAAAAGGAAAUAUGGAAUUUUGAAGCUUUUACAUUGAAAAUGUUCCUGCUCAUAUGGCAAUAAUACGUUUUUUUUUAACGAAACACUUCAAAAACACGGUUUGGAGACCUAUAUUAACUUUUUAAAAAGGAGUCUAAUAUGUGACCUUUAAAGAGAUAGUUUGGAUGUUUUGAAGUGGGGUAGUAUGAGGAGGUACUUAUCCACUUAUCCAUACUCAGUGUAUUACCUACAGUACAUUUACUUUGCUAAAAAACAUUUGAUCCUUUGCAGUCAGAAGAUGUGACAGACUUUCUAACUUGAACCACUUGUCUUGAUCAGGCAAAUAUACGCUUAUAUUAAUGAUAAUAAUAGCAAAAAAGCUAUAAGACAAUCAACAAACUUUAGCUCCACUGUGGCUCUGAUAGUAUUUUGGUAUUUGAAUGUAUUUUGCGUGAUGGAUUUUGUAGCCGUGGAUCUAUAUGAUGCAAUUUUCAAAACAAACCGAGAGGGAAACGGAUGCAACCUCGACUAAUAGCGUUCCAAACCGGCAUGUCAAUAUUGUCUGUGAAUCAAAUGUCAACAUUUGUUUUGUGUUCUCGGCUCGGGUCUUGUGAUAUUAGCUUUGCUGACAUGUUCGUGUCAGCUUGUUCUUCUACAUGCUGUCAAAUAGAAAGAAACUGUCAAGAAAAACUGAGAACGUUGCUUGUAAAAUAGAUGUGCGCUGCGAAUACGACAUGUAUAGUGUUGUUCGUUUUGUGCCCUGCAGCGUUUUCCUGUAUUCUGUGUAGUUAGAUAUAAGAUAAUAUGAUGUUUUGAGCCUCUUUAGCAUUUCACACAGCACCGUCUUCCCCCAAUGUUAAAGCUGGUAAAUACUAAAGCGGAUCAAUAUGGGCAAAAUUGUGUUUCUGUGGACUCAUUUGUCACUCUCAACACACAGAAUGUAUUACUAUUACUGUAGUUAAUAACGAGGAAAUGUGAAUUUGCUUAUAAGUCACUUUGCAGAGAUUAGUAAAAAUGCUAUUUUCCUACCGAA